GAAAUUUCUAAUAGACAUGGCAGAAUACAUAAGUCUAAAUGAAGACGGAGGAAUCUAAAAGCUAAUUCUUGAGGAAGGCCAAGGAGAUUAACCUUAAUAAGGAAAUACAUGCGAGAUGUUCUAUACUGGAAAAUUGGAGGAUGGAACAGUAUUUGAUUCAAAUGAAGGAGGGGAUCCUUUUAGUUUUACUCUAGGCUAGGGCGAGGUCAUUAAAGGAUGGGAUGUUGGUGUUGCAUCAAUGAAAAAGGGAGAAAAGGCGCAAUUAAAAAUUAAAUCUGAUUAUGGAUAUGGAAAAAAUGGAAGUCCUCCAAAAAUACCAAGUGGGGCUACUCUUAUUUUUGAUGUCAAAUUAGUGGAUUUCAAAGAGAAAUAGAAGUAGAAAUGGGAAUUGAGUGAUGAAGAAAAGACUAAUGAAGCCAAGAAAUUUAAAGAAUUGGGAACAACUGCUUUUAAGGCAAAGAACUAUCCUGAAGCCAUUAAAUAAUAUCUUGAGGCUGCCAGCUAUUUUGAGGCAGAGACAGAAUUUGCUCAUGAACAAAAAUUGGCUUCUCAUUUAAACCUUAGUCUUUGCUAUUAUUAUACAAAAGAUUACAAAGAAUCUGUAGAUCAGGCAACUAAGGUUAUCUAAGAUAAACCAAACAAUGCUUAAUUAGUUAAGGCAUAUUAUAGAAGAGCCAUAGCAUAUAGUUCUUAAGGUGAUUACACAGAAGCAAAGAAUGACUUAAAGGCAGCUUACGCUAUUGAUCCAAAUAAUUAAGCAGUUAUUGAAGAAAUGCAUGAAGUACAAAACAAGAUAAAUUUGUCCAAAAAAAAAGAAAAGGAUAUUUAUGGAAAGUUGUUUUAAUAAUAAUACUAUGAAGACGAGGCUAAACCUACUUCUUCUUUAGAAGAAAGUGAUCCUAGCAAUGUAACUACAUACUUUGAUAUCAAAAUUGGAGAUGAUGAACCAAAAAGAAUGGAAUUCACUUUAUUCAAGAAGUCUUGUCCCAAGACAGUGGAGAAUUUCAGGGCUCUUUGUACAGGUGAGAAGGGUAUUGGCAAAUAAGGAAAACCUUUACAUUAUAAGGGUUGUGAAUUUCAUAGAUUGAUCAAAGAUUUCAUGAUUUAAGGAGGAGAUUUCACUUAAGGAAAUGGUACUGGAGGUGAAAGUAUUUAUGGAGAGAAGUUUGCAGACGAGAACUUUAAUCAUAAACACACUGGAAGAGGAUAUUUGAGUAUGGCUAAUGCUGGUGCAAAUACAAAUGGCAGUCAAUUUUUCCUUCUUUUUAAGGACACUCCUUGGCUUGAUGGCAAACAUGUUGUAUUUGGCAAAGUAACUAAGGGUAUUGAAUUACUUGAUGAAAUUGAGAAAAUUGAAACAGAGUAGGACAAACCAAAAGUUAGUAUUGUUAUAGCUGAUUGUGGAGAAAUCAAAUAAUGAUAAUUUAAUGUAAUUAUUAUUAUAAAUUGUUAUAAACAAAAUGUCA